CCGCAAUAUAGGCCAACGUUCCGACUGCGUCCUCACAUACGACGCGCCUCGAAAUGAACUGCAUUAUACUGAUCUGCGUAUUUUCUGUGCUGCAGCAAGCAUUGUCACAAUGCCUGCCUCCACCAGCGAUAGACCUGCUUCUCCCCGCGUGCCCACCUGCAGCGAACUUACCCGCGUUGACUCCAGUGCUAGCUUCCACACUGUCAGCAUCCAUCGCGGCUACUCUACCCCCACUGCUAGAAGCAGCGUUACCGACUGUAUUGACAUCAGCUUUGACGGCCGCAGCGCCUUUGUUGGGUGCGGCUCCGUUGCCCUGUCCAGCAGCUCCGUUAGUGUUACCAGCGGCCCCUUGUGCGUUGCCAGCGACCCCUUGCGCGUUGCCAGCGGCCCCAUGUGCUCCAGCUCCAAUUUCUUUUGCGUUAGCUGCCCCAGCACCUUGUGCUUGCCCCGCCCCAAUAACUUAUGCUUGCGCUGCCCCAACGCCUUGUGCUUGCGCUGCCCCAGCACCAGCCCCAUUGGUCUACGCUGCCCCAGCGCCGACACCUUGUUACGCUGCUCCAGCCCCUACGUGCUACGCAUCAGCAGCACCGACUUGCCUAUCUAUAUGUCUAUAAGCACUAUUCGUUUUGUUUGAAAAAUAAAUGUUCCGAACUCAU